CUUCCGACUCUCCCCCUCCACUACUUCCUGCAUGAGCCGGCAAUAUGGCAGCGCCCAUAGCGAUUCACUUGGAGUUUGGUGGUGGAGCAGAACUGCUAUUUAAUGGUGUGAAGGAACAUCAUGUGACUCUUCCAAGCCAGUCCGAACCUUGCUUUGUGUGUGUGUGUUUUCUAGGGGACAUGAAGCAGCUGCUGGUCUGGAUCCAACGGAACCUCCUGAAGGAAAGGCCCGAGCUCUUUGUCCAGGGAGACUCUGUGAGACCUGGGAUUCUGGUGCUUAUCAAUGAUGCAGACUGGGAGCUAAUGGGGCAGCUGGACUACCAGCUGCAGGACCAAGACAACAUUGUGUUUAUUUCUACUCUUCAUGGAGGAUAGGAAAAUGAAUUGGGGAAUACAAACACAUCCUUGACAUCUGUAACAACCUUUCUCUCCACAUCCUCUGCACUCUUCACCUGCCCACAACAUCUCAACAACACAUCACCUCAGUGGACGCUGCAGGUGUGUCAGCCUGCACCGUGACAUCUGAAGUGAUGGAUGUCAGUCCACAGGAAUGAGUGGAGAUGGUUACCAAGAAGAAGGAAAGGAAUUCUGUGGACUUUUUUUUUUUUUUUUUUUUUUUUUCCUUCAAGCUGGACAGGUUUAAAGAGCAUUCAUACGAAGCACCGGCUGUACUGGUCAGCUCACAUGUGAUUGGUGUGUAAACCUUCAUCUUCCUGCACCCGCUUCUCCAACAUGACUUUGAAAGACAAAAUGAGCUUAUCUUUGGUGUCUGUGGAGACAUUCGGUUCACAAGAACAUGAAAAACAUAACCCUUUACUUUAAUCGCCCUCCAUAGCAUUUCUAAGCGAAACGGCAACAUUUAAUAAAUUGUCCUCAGUA